AUGGAGACCAAGUCGGCCAGUGUGUCUCCCGAGCAGGAGAUACCGAGUUACAAUGAGAAGUCAAGUCAGGACUCUCCUGCGUUAGAGCCUCAGGUGCUCGAAAAGGGGCAGACGGUGCGCAUUGGUGAGGAUGAUGACUAUGACAGCGACCAGGUGGUGAGCACGGCUCAAGAUCUCGUCACUCAUAUCAUCAAGGUCGAGGAUGAUCCAUCCCUGAACCCAUGGAGCUUUCGCAUGGUCUUCUUGGGUGCCGGGCUGUCCAUCUUCGGCGGUGUGCUCCAGGAGAUCUUCUAUUUCAAGCCGCAGACCAUCUACGUCUCGCAGGUCUUCCUCACGGUCAUUGCCUACAUCUUGGGAGAGCUCAUGGCAUAUGUUAUCCCUCGUCGCGGUGUUGUCGGAAAGUUACUCAACCCGGGCCCUUUCAAUGCCAAAGAACAUGCCGCCAUUUCCCUCAUGUCCUCCGCCGCUACACAGUCCGCGCUGGCCACCGAGGCCUUGUCAGCCCAGCAACUCUUCUACGGUGGAUACCCGAACCACGCUGCUGCUGUCUUCAUCGUGCUGUCAUCUCAGCUGAUUGGUUUCGGUAUCGCCGGUCUGCUGCGCGAUGUCAUCGUGCGGCCAACCAAGAUGAUCUGGCCCAUGACCCUGCCCAUCAGCAGUUUGUUGGAGUCAUUGCACAAAGACAAGGCACAGUCCAAGGCACGGUUGAAGAUCUUCUACAUCUUCUUCUGCAUCCUCUUCUUCUGGACCAUCAUCCCCGAGUACAUCUUUCCCCUUCUGGAGGGUUUCUCGAUCUUCUGCCUGGCCGAUCAGCACAGUCUGGUCUUCACCAACCUGUUCGGCGGUGCUUCCGGAAACGAAGGACUCGGAUUUCUCUCCCUCUCGUUCGAUUGGAACUACAUCGCCUCGCUGGGUUCGCCACUAUGGUAUCCGCUGUACGCUAUGACCAACAAUUUCAUCGGAUACCUGUUCUGCAUCAUCCUCUUCAUGGCCGUCUACUAUGGCAAUAUCUGGCGCUCUCAAGACUUCCCGUUCUUGUCCCAGUUGCUUUACUACGGCGACUCCAACUCCACCUACUACAAUGAGUACAACCAGACCCUGAUCCUCAAUUCUGAAUACAUUGUCGACCCUGCGGCCCUCAAAGAGCAGGGUCUGCCCUGGCUGACUGGAACAUACGUGGUAUACCUCAUCACCUCGAACAUGGGAGUGACCGCCACACUGACCCACAUGUUGCUGUGGGAUUUCGACGACAUCAAGGUCGGCUGGGCCUGGGCUGCCCCCAGCAAACUCAAGAAGUGGCUGAAGCUGGAGACCUACAAGUUCUGGAAGAACCAGGAAACCCCCGAGGAGCGUCUCGCACGACGCGUCAACGACGAAACACUCGAUCCACACUACCGUCUUAUGCUGCGCAACCUCUAUCAGGAUACUCCGCUGUGGUGGUGGGGUGCUGUCUUGAUUGCGAGCUUUGCCGUUGGCUUAGGCUGCUUGUAUGCGAUGAAGUCUACGCUGCCGUGGUGGGGAUUCAUCGUCGGCAACAUCCUCACGCUGGUGUUUAUGCUCUUCUUCGGUGCGCAAUACGGAUUGACUGGGUUUCAGUUCAACGUUCAGCCUAUCUGUCAGAUGCUGGCGGGCUACAUGUUCCCGGGGAAGCCGUUGGCUAACCUCUACUUCACCUGCUUCACCUACAACUCGCUGCAGCAGGGACAAGUCUUGGCCAAGGAUCUACGACUAGCGCAGCAAGUGCAUCUAUCUCCGAAGUGCACCUUCUUCGUGCAAGUAAUGGGCUGCAUCAUCGGUGCUCUAUUCAACUACGUGAUGAUGCUGAUCAUCGUCCGAAACCAAUCCGAAGUCCUCAUCUCCAUCGACGGCACCAACAUCUGGAGUGGUGCCAACGUUCAAAUAAGUCCCCCCUACCCCAUCCCACCAUUUACACCCGAACUAACACCCCCAAACCAAUUCAACAGUCUCGCCAUAGCCUGGAGCAUCGCCAACGACAUGUUCUCCAUCGGCGGCCGCUACGAAUGGGUAACCAUAGCCUACCUCGUCGGCUUCAUCGUGCCGGUACCCUUCUGGCUCGCCAACAGAUACUACCCGCACCCGAUCUUCUCCUACCUCAACACCUCCAUUAUUCUCUGGUACAUGGGCUGGUUGUUCGUGGGGAUUAACGCCUCCAUCAUGUCGUAUUUCCUGCUGGGAUUUGCGGCCCAGUUCUGGCUCAGACGGUAUCAUCCCCAGCUGUUCAACAAGUAUAAUUAUAUUGUCUCGGCGGCGUUGGAUGGUGGCACGCAGAUUUGCGUGUUUAUUCUUACGUUUGCGGUGUUUGGUGGGAGUGGAGUGGAGCAUGCGUUUCCGACUUGGGCGGGCAAUCCCAACACCAAUAUUCAUAAUUUGGAUUAUUGCAAGGUCAAUCCGGCGACUUUGUAG